AUGUCUGACUGCUCAAAUAUGAAAUUGCUCAACUAUUUAAUUCGUCGAAACGAUAGUUUAUCUGAAAAACAAAGAAUUUUAUUACAACAGCCACAACAGUUUGAUUCAUUACAAUUAAUAUUUAAAAAGAUUGACGAUAUGGAACAACAUUUAAGAAAGUUACGGAUAUCGAAAAUGAAAGAAUUACAUAUCUGGCCUGGAAAUCGAACACAAAUCGAACAAGCAGAAUUUAAAAAUCAACUAAUAGUAAAAUAUGCCUUGGUCGAAGAAAACGAUCAGUAA